AAUUUACCUCAGGCUUUAUACGUGCCGGGAGGAGGUUGAGCGUUUCCCCGGGCACAGUACUCUGGACCCGGCGCGCUCUGCUGUGGCCACUCGUACCCUUGGUGCUUUCCCUGCCCCCGAACCUCGGUUGCAGGAUUAAAGUCUGGGUUGGUGUUAAUGAUUCCCCAACUGAGAGAAUCGGGCCGGGGAGAGGAGAGGACGGACGCUCACGACGUGCGGGGGAGCAGGCACACCUCAGUCCGGCCCCGCGGUGGUCAAACACCGACUCGUACCCCCCGUACCCCCCGGCGGAGGCAGAGCCGGGCUGCGGCUCUUCCCCAGGUGUCGUGGUGGAGAGGGACCAGCUGGAACAAAGUCUUUAUUCAGCUCUGCAGAAAGCUAUCAGCAAUUCUCACUGUGCUGGACUUGGCUGCCCCUUGUCUGAGUCCAAAGUACACAUAAGGAACACAGGAGUCGGUCACUGGACACAGUAACGGUGCACGAGCGGGCACGCGGCCGGGAGUCGGAGAUCUGUGUAAGGAGUCAAAGCUGUGACACAUCCAGGCGCUGAGAGGGCUCCACUUCGGUGCGAGGCAGAGAGGCAGCGAGUUGGGACUGACAGCCUUUUGACAAGGUCCCAAGUGCUAUGUCCCUGCGGGCUCCCCUGAGAAGAUCUCUCCAACUUUGCAGCCGGUGCUACCCAGUUCACGCUUCUUUGAGUUAUGAAGCCAUAAAACAACAGUACAGACCAGAGGUGCCAGAGUACUUCAACUUUGCAAGAGAUGUGCUGGACAGAUGGACUGAAGUGGAAAAGGAGGGAAAAAAGUCUAAAAACCCCGCAUUAUGGUGGGUAGAUGGUGCCGGAGAAGAGGUGAGGUGGAGCUUUGAGGAGCUGGGAGUGCUGUCUAGGAAAGUGGCAAAUGUCCUCUCUGAUGCCUGUGGUCUGCAGCGGGGAGACAGAGUUAUUCUGAUUCUGCCCCGGAUCCCAGAGUGGUGGCUGGUGAACGUGGCUUGCAUGAGAACAGGAACUGUCCUGAUUCCUGGCACACAGCAAUUGACAGCGAAGGACAUUCUUCAUCGACUGCAGAAAUCCAAGGCAAAGUGUAUCAUCACUGAUGAUUCUGUGGCACCAGCUGUAGACUCAGUUGGGGCUGAAUGCCAGUCUCUGAAAGUCAAGUUGCUUGUGUCAGAGGGCCACAGAGCCGGAUGGCUGAACUUUAAAGAUCUCCUGAAAAACGCUCCUUCUGAUUACCACUGUGUGACCACAAAGUGUCAGGAUCCAAUGGCCAUCUAUUUUACCAGUGGAACUACAGGAUCUCCAAAAAUGACCGAACAUUCCCACAGCAGCUAUGGUAUUGGCCUCACAGUAAGUGGAAGGUACUGGCUGGACUUGACUUCCUCAGAUAUAUUUUGGAACACAUCGGACACGGGCUGGGCAAAGUCAGCUUGGAGCAGCAUUUUUUCACCAUGGAUUCAAGGGGCAUGUGCAUUUGUACAUAAGAUGCCACACUUUGACCCAAGCAUUGUCUUUGAGAGUCUGUCAAGAUUUCCCAUAACCGUCUUCUGUUCCCCUCCAACUGCCUAUCGAAUGUUUGUGCAACAUAAACUGUCCAGCUACACAUUCAAAAGCCUGCGACACUGUGUGAGUGCUGGGGAGCCAAUCAACCCUGACGUGAUGGAAGAAUGGAAAGUGCAGACUGGGCUGGAUAUUCAUGAAGGCUAUGGACAGACAGAAACAGUGCUGAUCUGUGGAAAUUUUAGGGGAAUGAAAAUCAAACCUGGCUCUAUGGGAAAGCCAUCUCCAGGCUAUGAUGUCAAGAUUAUAGAUGAAAACAGUAAUAUUCUGCCUCCUGGAAAAGAAGGUGAUAUUGCCAUCAGAGUAAAACCUACGAGAUCGCCUUUUCUUUUCACUUGCUAUGCUGAUGAUCCAGAGAAAACAGAAGCAACAAUACGUGGGGAUUUUUAUGUCACUGGAGACCGGGGGAUUGUGGAUGAGGAUGGAUACUUCUGGUUUGUUGGAAGAGCUGAUGAUGUCAUUAAUUCUGCCGGAUACCGCAUUGGCCCCUUUGAAGUAGAAAGCGCCCUGGUAGAGCAUCCUGCAGUGGUGGAAGCGGCAGUUGUCAGCAGCCCAGACCCCAUCAGGGGAGAGGUAGUGAAAGCCUUUGUUGUUUUAACAUCCGACUAUGCUUCAUGUGAUCCGGAGAAAAUGAUGAAAGAGCUGCAAGACCAUGUUAAGAAAGUUACUGCUCCAUACAAGUACCCUAGGAAGAUGGAGUUUGUUCGACAGUUGCCAAAAACUGUUAGUGGGAAGAUCAGAAGAAAUGAACUACGCCAGAAGGAGUGGAGAAAAGAUUAGACAUACUUGUUGCUUUUUUACAGGAUUUUUUACAAAGUAAGACAUUGCAGAUUUACACAGUAACGUAGAGUAAAAGACAUUAUACUAUAGUUAUCUUAGUCAAACCUAAACUAAAUUUGUACGCGAUUCCAGCGUUUGGCUGAGGUGCUACACUAAUAGCUAGCAGUAAAAAAGCAGGCAGGCUGAUACACAGGAAACUCAUGUAGUCGAGAGUGCAGUAGGUGUUAAAUAAAGUAUUUAAUGAGGCAUCACCAGCAUUUUAUCUUUAUUGUUAUUUAAUUUAAAUGAUAAAAACCCAGCAAGAGUUUAAGAGAACACUAUUGCUUCAAGAAUCACUUCUGAGAAGGGCAACAGCUUCUAAAUGUAUUUUUAAA